CGGUGACAAUAAACAAAGCAUCGAGGAAGAAGAGGCGGAGGAGGAAGGCGAGGGGCCAAAUCACGAUAAAAAGUGGGGGCAAACAAGCCGUUACCAUGGCAACAAGUCCAGCCUUUCCAAUGAGGCUUCGAGUGCUUCAUUCUCCUUUUCGUCUUUUUUCUGGUGGGUUUCCGUGGAAAUACAUGCCUUGGACUUUAUGACGGAGGGCAGGUAUUCGGCUGACCGGGCCAGACUUUUUCACCGAGUAGAACAAGGAAGCGGACUUUAAAGGACGAGAACAUCUCACUAUGUCAGCAGCCAUGCUCCACAGGAACCACUUCGAGGUGAGUGGGCGGUGUGCAGGCAAGCAUGACCGCCAACAAGAGUCCAAAGGCUGUGCCUCAUGCGGGAGAGGGUAAAGCACCACCGGACACCCACGACAGGUGUCAGUCUUCAUCCCCGUGUCCUGUUCUAUCCUGCGCCCAGGGUCAGAGCCAGCCACCUCUUCUUGGCGACGGGAAUAACUAUAUGAAACAGAGCAGAUACGCAAGGACUGACGGGCGAUUCUUGGUACGUGCUGGCUGGAGCAGCAAAACCAAAACUUUUAGCAGUGGGCCACCCCUUUCAAGUCCCAUUGAGUCCCAAGCCCGUCUUACAAAGUCCAAGAGUAUCAGUUGCCUGGACAAUCGUCUUUCCAUUUAUAAGCCUCAAAAUCAAGCCAAGGUGUGUCAGGGAGGUCAAAACUCCCAGGAGCAAAAAGAGAACCAAGGCUGUCCUCCUCCAAGUGAGGGACUUAAUUGUAAACCCCUAAGUUGGAGUACACUUUCACUAGGAUCUUUCGCCAACCAAGGCAACAAGCGACCCCUUUCCACCACCAGGUCGUUAACGGGUGUUCUUUCCACUACAGUCCGCAAGAAGAUCUCAGAAUGGGAGUGCAGAAGGGUGUCUCUGCCUAGGAUGAGCUUGUGUCUGGAUAAAAGGCCAGGACGAGAGCGUAUAGGGGGCAGCGAGGGCUGCCCAAGUUUGCUGUCAUCCCCCUGCAGCGAAAAAACAUUUGACUUUAAGGGGGUUCGCAGAAUGAGCACAGCUUUCUCAGAAUGCUCCUACACGGAAACGGAGGAAGAGGAAGGGGUUUCUGACAAAGAUGGCUUAGGCCGCUUCCAGAAACGGAUAAGCAAGACGGAAUCUUCGGGGACAUUUGUCCGCUCCCUGUCUGCUCGUAAGGAGACCUCGGCGGUCCUUAACAGGAUACAAAAAAUAGAGCAAACCCUGAAGGAGAAUCCUAGCCCACCUCCUCCACGUUAUCUAAGUAAUUGCUAUGCUCCAGACAAGACAAGACAAAAAUCUUUUGUGAUUGGUGAGGACUUUGACAGCACAUGCACCAGCAAGCGCAGCAGUGUUUGCUCCGUGGCUACUGAACCAGAUGCUGUUUUGGUGCCUGAUAAGCUCACUAAACUCAGGCAACGGUUUAGUGUGAGUUCAGUCAGGUCUGAGAGCCCUGAACCACUCAGCCAACAGACAUGCGCCGGACCCCCAGUCAACCCCUUACCUAAACCUAAACGCACUUUUGAGUAUGAUUCCAAGCGGGAUCAGAAAGGCACAUUGUCAGCAAAUGGACUACCUCCAGCCUGUGAGUCUCCCCCACCUCUGCCCUCGACCCCUGCACCAAGCACAACGCGAAUGGAAAAGUGUGUGGCCAGCACACUCAUCCGAGGCCAGAACAGAGAAUCAUAUGAGUCGGAGGAUGCUACCAGCCUGCUGCCGUCAUACACAUCCUCACCUGCAGAGAAUGGCACACUAACCACAGAAACGCAGAGUCAAUCCAAUUCCAAAAGCACUUUAGAGGAGAAUGCAUACGAGGACAUUAUUGAGAAGGAGAACCCAUAUGAGGAUGUUGACCUAAAGCGCAGGACUUUGGGUCGAAAAAUUUGUCAUUUGGAGAGCAGUAGAUCUUGGACUGCUAUGGACAGGAAGCACAACUCUCCGCCUCAGUUACCGUCCAAACCUAGCAGCCAGUCCCUACGGCUCAUUGGUACCAGCGACAGAACAAGUCACCGGGUGUCACAAUUGCCCAAACGCCACAGCCAUGAUGAAACGCUGCUCCUCCCCCAAAUGGGUGUAUCAGCUUCAUCUUGUGUGCUGCUGGAUGAGAACCUUUGUGGUACCGGUGAUAACCUGGCCUCACACAGGCACUGGCGGAUUCCCAAGCUGGUCCAGAGGAUCAACUCCAUUUACUGCACUAAACGUGGAAAGAAGAGACUUAAAAAGCUGUCCUUGGCCAAUCUCGAUUCCUCAUCUUUGAGAGAUGACAACAGUGAGAGUGAGAGCGACUCUGACGACAGGUUUAAAGCUCACACCCAGAGGUUGUUGAAAUUGCAAUCAAUCCUUCGACGGGCCCCCAGCUACCGCACACUGGAGCUGCAGCUAAUUGAGUGGCAAGAGAGAGAACUCUUUGAGUAUUUCGUAGUUGUUUCUUUGAAAAAUAAACCCAGCAAGAACUCUUACUCGCCAGAAGUCACUUACCAGUUUCCUAAGCUCGAUAGGCCCACCAAACAGAUGAGGGAAGCAGAACAGAGGCUCAAAGCCAUUCCUCAGUUCUGUUUCCCUGAUGCAAAGGACUGGAGUCCUGUGUCUGAAUAUCCCAGUGAAACCUUUUCCUUCAUGUUGACUGGAGAGGAUGGCAGCAGGAGGUUUGGCUACUGCAGACGCCUGCUGCCGAGUGGGAAAGGGCCUCGUCUUCCAGAGGUAUACUGUGUCAUCAGCAGGCUGGGCUGUUUUGAUUUGUUCUCCACUAUCCUGGAUGAGGUUGAGCGUCGGCGAGGCGUAUCAGCAGCUUUGGUCUACCCCUUCAUGAGGAGCCUGAUGGAGUCGCCCUUUCCUGCACCUGGAAAGCUCAUUAAAGUCAAGACCUUUCUGCCCGGUGCAGGAAAUGAGGUCAUUGAGCUGAGGCGGCCCACUGACUCCAGACUAGAGCACGUAGACUUUGACAGUCUGUUUGGUUGCCUCGGUGUUCGGCAGGUAAUCCGGGUCUUUGCCUCGCUGCUGCUGGAGCGCAGAGUCAUCUUUGUAGCUGAAAAACUCAGUACGCUGUCCAACUGCAUGCAUGCUGUGGUGGCACUGCUCUACCCCUUCUCCUGGCAACACACCUUCAUCCCGGUGCUGCCGGGGUCCAUGUUGGACAUUGUCUGCUGUCCCACUCCCUUUCUGGUGGGGCUGUUGUCCAGCUCAUUGCCCAAGCUCAAAGACUUGCCUGUCGAAGAAGCAUUAAUGGUGGACUUGGGAACAGACCGUUUCAUCAGACAGAUGGAUGACGAGGCCUCGCUGUUGCCACGAAAGCUUCAGGCAGCUCUGGAACAAGCGCUGGAGCAGAGGAAUGACAUCAUCAAUCAGGACUCAGACAGCGAGUCAGAUGAAGAGUACAACUCCUUAAACAGUUUGGUGUCAGAGGCAUUCAUUCGCUUCUUCCUGGAGACCAUCGGUCACUACUCCCUGUUCAUCACUCAGAACGAGCGUGGCGAGCGCCUUUUCCAGAGAGAAGCCUUCCGGAAGUCCGUAGCAUCCAAGAGUAUCCGCCGCUUCUUGGGGGUCUUCAUGGAGUCUCAGAUGUUUGCAGGCUUCAUUCAAGAUCGAGAGCUGAGGAAGACUCGAGCUAAAGGUCUGUUUGAGCAGAGAGCGGAUCAAUACCUGGAGGAGCUGCCAGACACAGAGCAGAGCGGUGUCAACAAGUUCCUCAAAGGCCUUGGUAACAAAAUGAAGUUUCUCCACAAAAAGAACUAAAUGUCCUGAUUUCAAGACACCCAGAUGUGUCCUGCAUCUUUUGUGUCAUGUUUGUCUCUUGUAUUUUGUGUAAACUUGUACAUAUUUCACUGUGAGUUGACCUUGAUACUGGUGGCCAGCGUACAGCAAGAUGCCUCACAGCAGGUGGGCCACACAGAAACCACUAGUGUUCUUGUGAAGAGUCUUUUCAGAGCGUGUAAGUGACACGCGGCAAGGGCAUAAUUGUACAGUCUCUAAGCUUCCACCUGGCAGAAUCUAAAGUCGACAUGCAUCAGGACGGUGAACUGUAAACAUAUUUUACAUUUGCGCUUUCAAUAAAAAACAUCACAGUUAAAACAAUUCAGAUGCGUUCAAAUUCAUCACCAUCUAAAUCUUUCUUUCUUAUCUGACAUAUUCCACUAAGGACUCUGAAGAGAUCCCUGAAGUAGUGGUGUACCAGCUACGAUAACCUAAUUAUGUCUGAUGACUGUCACUGCCAUGCUCUUAUUAUUAGCUCACUGUUGACUCGAGCUGACAUGUUUCUUUUCCUUCUUCGCUUGUCUGCAAUUAAUUAUUCAUGCCAAGUAACCAUACAUCCACUGUCUCCUUAGUAAACAUGAAAUUGGAAUAUUGCUUGUACUAUUCUGGGUUAGGGUGAGCUGGAGCCUAUCCCAGCUGGCUUUGGGUGAGAGGCGGGGUACAUCCAUGACUGCAGGUCACCUGUCGAUCACAACUAUUCUCACCAUUGCAUCAUUUUGUGGUAAUUAUUAGUACAAUAGUGCCUCAACUUACAAGCUUAAUUGGUUCUGCGAUGGAGCGCUUAACUCAAAACACUCGUAUCUCAAAUCAGUUCUCCCAUUGAAAUUAAGUUAGGUUAAAAGUUAAAGUACCAAUGAUAGUCACACACACACACUAAGAGUGGUGAAAUUUGUCCUCUGCAUUUGACCCAUGCCCUUGUUCACCCCCUGGGAGGUGAGGGAAUCGUUUUUGGUGAUUUAACCCCCCAAUUCCAACCCUUGAUGCUGGGAGGUAAUGGGUCCCGUUGUUAUAGUCUUUGGUAUGACUCGGCCGGGGUUUGAACUCACGACCUACAGAUCUCAGGGCGGACACUCUAACCACUAGGCCACUGAGUUGGUUGAAAUUUUAUUUAAUUUAAUUCAUUCAUUUUCAUUCAUUCAUUUAUUUAUUUCAGCCAAUGACAUAAAAAAGUACAAAGUUGACAACACAUAAUAAUAUAAAUUAAUAUAGUGCAAAAGGUAAUGUAUAGUAUGUAAUGCAUGAUUGUCCAGUUUUGCCUGAAAGGGAGUGGGAAGAAGAUAAUUUAUUUAAUCCCACCCCCAGUUCUCCAUUCAGUGACUAUUCACAUGAGUUUCACUCUUACUUUGUUGAAGGAUUAUAAUACAGAUGUUGUAUCAUAGUGGCAUUACCACAGGUGCGUGGCCCCCCCAAAACGGCACAAUCUUAACAUAAAAUUUGUCUUUUGAAAAUCUUACAGAUAAGAAAUAUUGUAUAAAAAAAUACAAUAGAAUGUUAUACAAACAACUACAGUAGUUUUAUGAGGAAAUGUAAUAAUAAUGUACAGCAUUUAUCUUGGAGAAUGGACUUCUUCAGUAUCUCCUCACUGCUUCUCUGUCAAGCACACCAUCAGAAGCUUCUCCAUAUUUUCAUAGAUAAAUGUCCCCUUAGGCAUUAUUUUUAACAUUCUUGGCUGGCGUUAGACGCAUUCUGCUUCAGUAUGGUGCAGACGAGCAGUGAUAGGCUCGAAAUGCCUCACCAAGUUGGCGACACGCUUGGUCAUGUUUUUUUUGGGACGAUUUCUUUGUUUAAUUUGAAGAAUAUCAUUCACUUCUUCACAGCACUGUCGUUCAUUCUCAUUUUCUUUUUUCCCCAUGGGUGGAAAACAAAAUGUUGUCGAUCUCUAACUACAAUCUAAUGUUUUGGGCGAAACUCACGCACUUAUGGCCAACUCAUUGCAGGGAUGCUUGUAACUCAAAAUUUUGCUUGCAAUUUAAAGCGUAACAAUUAGCCGAGAGACAGCUCUGAUCUCAAAAGACACUUGAAUAGAGAUAUCACUGUAAUAAUCUUCCCAGCAGAACUUGCAAACAUUUUUACAUUUAAUCAUUAAAACGAUCUCAUCACCCGCUUGUUUCUUUUCUUUUUUAAAUAUUUGAAAAUUUCAGGUAAAUUCUGCACCUUUUCAUUUCACACAUUUAACAUAUAAUCUACAGG